CAGCGACGUGAAUAUGUGACGUCGCCGGCAUCCAGGAAGUGAGCUGCAGAAAGUGGGAAAACGUUUGUGCAACGUGAUCUGUGGAGUGUUUUUCUCCGCUUAAAAAGUAAGCGAAGGUCAGGAAAUAUUAGCAGCUACAGGCUGAGCUGUGUGACGGGCUCAAUAAUGGCUCUGAAUAAGUCCAUGCAUCCUCGGAACCGUUACAAGGACAAACCACCUGACUUCGCUUACCUGGCAUCCAAAUAUCCAGACUUCCAGCAGCACGUGCACACAAGCCUCACGGGAAAACCUAUAGUGAAUUUCAAAGAGCCGGAGGCGGUGCGAGCGCUGACCUGCACCCUGUUAAAGGAGGACUUUGGUUUGACCAUCGAGAUCCCUCUGGAGCGACUCAUACCCACCGUCCCCCUGCGCCUCAACUACAUCCACUGGGUGGAGGACCUCAUUGACGGCCAGAAGCAGCCGCGCAGGGGCAUCGACAUCGGCACUGGGGCGUCCUGUAUCUACCCCUUACUGGGAGCCACAAUGAAUGGCUGGUACUUCCUCGCCACAGAGGUGGACGACAUCUGCUUUGACUAUGCUACCAAAAACGUGGAGCAGAACAACCUGUCCGACCUGGUCAAAGUUGUCAAAGUUCCUCAGAAGACUUUACUGAUGGAUGCCUUGAAAGAAGAGACAGAAAUGGUGUACGACUUCUGCAUGUGCAACCCUCCCUUUUUCGCAAACCAGCUGGAAGCAAAGGGGGUAAACUCCAGGAACUCGCGUCGACCUCCUCCCAGUUCAGUGAACACGGGCGGGGUGACGGAGAUCAUGGCAGAGGGCGGAGAACUGGAGUUUGUCAAGAGGAUCAUUCAUGACAGCCUGCAGCUCAAGAAACGCCUUAGGUGGUACAGCUGCAUGUUGGGAAAGAAGUGCAGCCUGGCACCUUUGAAAGAGGAGCUGAGGAAGCAAGGGGUGCCUAAAGUGACCCACACUGAGUUUUGCCAGGGGCGGACCAUGCGGUGGGCACUGGCUUGGAGUUUCUAUGACGACGUGGUUGUUCCGUCCCCUCCCAGUAAGAAGUGUAAACUGGAGAAGGCCCGGAAGCCCCUGUCAUUCACAAUGCCGGAGGCGGGACUGAAGGAGCUCCAAGCCAAGGCCUCGGCUUUAGGUUGCACGUGCCGCAGCCCUGUGGACAGCCUCACCGUUCUGGUCGAGAAGACGCUCACUGAGCUGCGGGUGCUGCACAAACGUGUGCCUUGCAAAAAGGAGGAGCAGAGCCUCUUUCUGACAGCUGUGGAGAACACCUGGAUCCACGGGCGUCAGAAGAGACGUGAACAGAAACGUCAGUUGCGAGAGCUCCCCAGGGCGCCACACUGCGCCGGAACCACUUCACAAACCACCGUGACCGCAGGUGCUCCGGAAACAUCCCCGACCUCCCAAAACCAACUGACCACCGCAGAAAACAGCAGCAGCCAGGACGAGAACGCUGAGAGCAAAAGCACGCCUGCAGACGAGCCGGGUAAAGAAGUCACAGAGAGCAUGACCGGGGAACAAAAAGAGGCCCCAGAAAAAGUAACAGGCGAGGAUGUGGACAUGGAGUCCUCUACCUGCACAGAAACGGGGCAGGAAGCAGACCUGAAGGAAACACCCGCUGCAGCAAGCGAAACGCCCUCGAAACGACCAGUGAGCCCCGGCACUGUCAAACACUUCCUGUUUAAGUGUCUGCUGAAUGUGAUCCAGGAGCAGAGUGAUGUAGUGAUCGAGAUGCACUGGGUCGAGGGUCUGAACAGAGACCUGAUGAACCAGCUGUGCACUUACCUGAAGAACACACUUUUAAAGACUGUCGCAAAGUCCUGAUUAGCAAGUCGAGAUCUUUUCUUCUCAGAAAUUAAAAGCUUUAUUUUUUAGAGAUGAUUAAUGUUGGGCUGUGUGUUGGGAAGUUUAUUUUGUAUAGCUUCUGGAAGGCAAUUCUGUAUUGGCUGUUUCUUUUAAUUCACUUUUAAGAUUUUGUAUUCUAGAGGCAAAAGUCUCCUUUCCCCCCGCUGAAAAAACACAAGCUUGUUGUUAAAAAAAAAACUAAAUCACCUGUUUUAAUUAAUAUACUUAUUAAUAUACUAUGCUUAAUAUCAACCGUACAACAAACAAACCAUCAUACAUGACAAGAAUCUCUAUCGUAGCGCUAGUCAGCUUUACAAGUUAAUUUUACUGAGCUGGAAUCUUCAGGGAAAUUACUCCGAACAGUCCAACCAAUGAUUCAUUUGGCCUUGCUAAUAGCUGAUAUACUCAUGUAAUCACCCAUCUCUGGUUUACACUGCAUAUUGUGUGUUAUAAAUUGCAAAGAUAUUUGGAAUAAAUUUACAUUUUUAUACAGAU